AUGGCAACGUUUCACCGCAACCACAGGUCGCGCAUCUUCCGGCCCUCGCGAUCGAGUAAAACCGUGCUUGGAAAGAAUCCAGCGUCUUGCUCGCCGUCGAUUCGUCUGUUCCUUCUCCCCCUCGUCGCCCUCCUCCUCGUCACCUGCGCGAACUGCCUCUCCUUCGCGACGUCGUGCGACGAAGCAUUCGCCGCUCGCGAAAACUCCUCGACCAAUCGGCAUGGCGGAAGGAGACGGUUACAGGAGGACGACGCGGAUUACCCUCCGCCUGACGAUAGCUCGGUGCAACACCUCGGCGACGCUCUCGGCGGUCACGGCGACGGUUUCGGCGACGGGUCCUUGGGCGGGCGAUACCAUCAGCGACAGGAGCGAGUGUCGCCGGGCGACGCUGGCGACGGCGUUGCGAAUGAGUCUGGCGACGAGUGGAGUCCCGAUGACGGCGUGGCGUCGAGUCCUGGCGAUGCGGCGAAGAUUCCGAAGCCGGUUUUUAACAAGACGCACCUGUUCGACACGGGCGGCUGCAACUGGAAAGCCAAGUUCGCCUACCCCAAGGACGCUCCAGUCGUGUCACAUCAAACAGUGGUGAAUCUGAUGGUGGCAAGGAGUGAUCAGCGCUCGUACCACCAGGUCAUUGAGAGGCUCCCGCUGCUGCACGUCCUGCGCAAGAUGACAAAGAACCCCGCCCUCAAGGACGCACACGUGGCUCUGCCGUCCUCCCGGGGGCUGCGUCGAAUGCUGACGAGCAUUCUAGACUUCGACCUGCCAUGGACCCCCUUCCCCUUCCACACGCCCAACACGCUCCUAUUCGCCGAGUCUCUCAUCCAACCUCUCUCCGAGCACUGUGACGAGCCUCAGCACUCGGUUUGGCGGGACAUCCGAACCUCGCUCUUCGAACCGGACCGCCCGUACCACCCCCGAGCCUCCUCCAUCGCUUCCCCCCGAACCUCCCUCUCCCUCCCCUCCGUCAUCCAAUCCCACCACCUCUUCCUCCAAGCCUCCUCCCAAGCCAUCCACGACGCGAAAUCCGCCCAAAAUCCGGGCAGCAUGGAAAAACUUUCCGUGAGCUACCCGACGCCGUUUUUGGCCGGCGUGCUGCCGAUGCUUGACGUGGAUUUGGGGGAGGAUGAGGUGGCAUGGGCGGCACUACCGAGUGACUGGAUGGUGGUGGUGGGAUUGCAAGGGUUGCAUAACCGGGCCGAUGCGGAGGCGAUACGGAAUGUUGUGCUUCAGCAUUUCCCGGCCCACCGCGUUGCUAGCUACUGCCCCAGCAUGUCUGUGGAAGAAUUGCGAAACCUCUUCUCGCGUACAGCCCUGUUCAUUACAGUCACAGACAGCACUCUAAUGCACACCAUCUUCAUGCGGCCGGCAACUCUUGUCCUGGAGCUGCGUCACCCCUCCGCCCUCCGCUUCCCCUCCUACUCCCUCUCCUCCGUUUUAAGGCUUCAACAUUACAUCUCCGUGUGCAGUACUAGCCCCUCUUUUGGAGGGGAAGAACCGGAUGUAGACCCGGCAAUGGCAGCGGUGUCAGGGGGAGGGGCCGAAGGCGAAAACUCCCCUUUAUUUUGUGACCUAGACCAUGUGAAAGAGGUGGUGGAUCGGGCAGCUCAAUUCGUUUACUUAAGCGAGGCUGCUUAUAUGGAGUCAAUCAAGAGCCUCGGCAAGUGUGAUUAUAAGGAGGAUGUGGCGAGUGUGGGAAUGGGAGAGGAGAGGGCGCCGGUGCUUCCCGCUGCCGACGCGAUUAUACUGAACCGCGGGCCGCACUAUAGAGAGGAUAACGACUUCGAGCCGCACCUGCGCACGACACUCUUGUACCUCCGAAACCGGUUCCCGGAUAAGCUUCUAAUCUACCGGAACAGCGCGGGCGGGCAUGUAGACUGCCCGAAACACCACAAGCCAAUCGAAACGCCGCAGGACCCGUCAAAGCUGCCGUUCAACUGGGACAAAUUCCCGCACCAGAACCGGCUGUCCCAGCCAAUGGCGGAGCAGCUAGGGAUGGCGAUGAUGGAUGUGGAGAGGAUGACAGCGCUGCGACCGGACGGGCACACGGGGCUGCUGACGAAGCUGGACUGCCUGCACUACUGCAUGCCUGGUCCGCUUGAUGCCUGGGUUCAAGUGCUGAGCAAUAUGCUGGAAAAGCUGCUGGCUCCCAGGAGGUUAAGGGACUGA